AUGCAUAUACUCGGUCUGGCAAACGGUACACCUUCUGGAAAUUCUGAGAUCUUACUCAAGGCCGCAUUGACAGCAGCCACCGAGUUCGACUCUUCCAUUACAACAUCAUGGAUACAUGUCCCUUCCAUAUCCAUACCGACAAACCCAGCACCUUUGAAUUCUCCUGUCGGAUUCGACCUUGCUUCCAAGCUCAAUGUCGCUUCCAACAAUGCACCAGAUGAUCGAGCGGCUGUCCGCGAAGCCAUCCUUGAUGCUGAUGCUAUAAUCGUUUCUACACCCACAUAUAGCCAUCAACCUCUAGGCACCUUGAAGCUACUCAUGGACAGGAUAGGAGGACCUUCUCUCGAUGUUACUUUUGGCAAAACAUUCAAUUCCGACAAACUCGACCCACGACUCCCGAAGCCAAGAGUGUUAGGUUUCAUUGCUGUGGGAGGAUCAUCGACACCAGACCAAUUCACUAUGGUGUUGCCGACACUGCAUCUCUUGUUCUAUGCUCUGCAUGCUAGAGUUGUAGAUCAAUUCAUUGGUCAAGACUUGGGAAGCUCGGGUGCGGUCUGUUUGCACGAAGACCUGAUUUCUCGAGCACAGCGCAUGGGCAAGAACCUAGCCAGUCAGAUCGGCAAGUCCUAUGACGACGCGGAGUAUCUGGGUGAGGAACAAGAAGGUGCAUGUCCGCAUUGUCAUCUCGCUAAGAUUGAGCUUUUGCCUGAGCAUGGUAAGAAUGCGAUUGGCUGCACGACAUGCGGUACUAGAGGCAAAUUGACUGUUGAUGAGAAUGGCGACAUACUCUCAGUCUGGGAAGAGGACUCGAAGUGGAGUUGUCUGACCUGGGCUGGCAAACUGCAGCAUGCAAAGGACAUCGUGAGCUGGGCCAAGAGAGACGAGCCGAGGAGAGCGGAUAUCAAGGAUGGACAGGAAAGGUGGAAGAAAAUCUUUGUUCAGCAGGUCACUCUGCCCAGUCAGACAACAAAAGAGUAG